ACGAAGCUCUCGCUUACAUACAUCAGCCCUCGCACGAGCCUCAGACAGAACCACCCACGCAGAAGACAGAUUCACGCUACACACCACACGCACGCACGUACGCCGGUGACAAGCGGAAGGAGGACGCCGGCAUGGCGAAGAGCGGCACGGAGGAGUGGCGUCGCAACGCCGACACGCACAAGAUGAGUCCGGAGGAGGUCCGGGCCGCGGGGGUGGAGGCGUCCAUGCGCCCGCCGGGCCGUGGCGGCGCCGGGGAGGUCCUGCACCAGCGAGGCGGCCGCCUGCCGUACGGGCCCGGGACGAUGGCGCUGAUGGGGUUCGGCAUCGUCGGCGCCAUCGGCUACCUGGUGCUGUACCAGAAGGCGAGGCCAGGCACGCCGGCCACGGAGGUCGCCAAGGUGGCCGUCGGACACGGCGACCCUGCCGUCGGCCGCGAGGUCCAGAAGCGCCAAGACGAAGCGCAGCCGCCGCCACCGCCACGCGAAGGGAAGUAGACUAGUUAGUGGCAGAAGAGAUAGAGGAUUUGCGGCGUUUGUGCUUCGAGUUCUGACUCGAUUUGAUCUGCUAGCCGCGCUUCUCAGCUUCGAGUUCUGACUCGAUUUGAUCUGCACGCGUGUGACUUUUUAUCAGAAAUGGCACAGCAGAAAUAAAUAAUCGUACAUUCGUACUGA